CGGGGCGCGGCGCCCUCACACACGGCUCUCUCCCCGCCCCGCGCGCGCACCCGUGGUCGCCUCGCCGCGCGCUCUGCUCGGACGCGGACGGGCGGGCGGGAGCGUCUCCCGGGAGUCCACCGGCCUUCCGCUGCCCCGGCGAGCGGCGUCCUCGGCUCCUCGCCACCGCCGCGAGGACCAGCUUCCCACCGGCACGGGGGAAAGGAAGGAACCACCAGACCGGCGGCGGCGACGCGCGUCCGGAUGGAUUCCGGGUCGGAGCAGCAGCACGGCUGCGAGCAUUACAGGCGCGGGUGUCGGGUCGUGGCGCCCUGCUGCGGCGAGGUCUUCGGCUGCCGCCAUUGCCACAACGACGCCAAGAACUCGCUCGAGGUCGACCCGCGCGACCGGCACGAGAUCCCUCGUCACGAAAUAAACAAGGUGAUCUGCACACACUGCUCCAAAGAACAGGAUGUGCAACAGAAUUGUUCUAACUGUGGUGCCUGCAUGGGGGAAUACUUCUGUGAAAUAUGCAAAUUCUUUGACGAUGAUUUAUCAAAGGGCCAAUACCACUGUGAUGGAUGUGGCAUAUGCAGGCAAGUACCAAACUCGCAGCUAUGUUUUCCUCCAAAAAUACUUACCGCUAUGCUCGAAAUCUUAAAACAUUUGCUUUUAUCUUCCUUUUCUUUCAGAACUGGUGGUGCAGAUAACUUCUUUCACUGCGACAAAUGCGGGUGUUGCUACAGCAACGUCUUGAAGGAUUCUCACCGCUGCGUGGAAAGAGCAAUGCAUCACAACUGCCCUGUCUGCUUUGAGUAUCUGUUCGACUCCACGAAGGACAUCAGCGUGCUGCAGUGCGGGCACACGAUUCAUCUGGAGUGCAUGAACGAGAUGAGAGCGCACCAUCACUUCUCGUGCCCUGUGUGCUCGAGGUCCGCCUGCGACAUGACCGACACGUGGCGGAAGCUCGACGAGGAGGUCGCGGCGACGCCGAUGCCGGAGAUCUACCUGACGAAGAUGGUGUGGAUCCUGUGCAACGACUGCAGCGCGACGUCGAGCGUGCGGUUCCACGUGCUGGGGCAGAAGUGCCCCGGGUGCAGCUCCUACAACACCCGGGAGACGAGGGCGCGCUGAGCAGAGGGCCGCGACGACGGCACGGACGUCGAGGAGGUUCAGUCCGUUCAGUCGAAGUUGGAAGCAUUCAUGUCAGUCCACCAGGUACAUCAGGGUCGAGGAUGCAGUUUAUAGCGCGCUGCCGUUCCCGCGAUUCCCGCCGGGAAGGCGCGCUGGCUGCAGCACGGCAGGAGAGGAGAGACAUGACGUCGAAUGUUCAGAGAAUCACUGUACUGAGCUAUAGCCUCACUGUAUUUGCUGCUGUGGCGCAGUACUGGAGCAAGUGAAUUGAAUUACAUGAGCCUCUUCCAGGCCAUGACCGUGUACCGAACACAAAUUGGGGAUUUUAUACAGGAAUAUGAAUGAAUAUCAAGCAGUUCAGAAA